UGUAGUUAGCUUCGUGCUAACGUCAGCGACCUAGCUGUCAGUUUCCAGUGAGGACUUAUUAUGAAAACGUGUGUUUUCUUGAAUUCGUUUACAGUCAGUAUCAUUUCUAAUCGCGAACCUGAGCACUGGCUUUGUCUCUACCCGCUUGAGGCCUUUACUUUGAGCUUACUAGCUAGCAGGCUAAGCUAGGCUAGCGCUGAUUUGAUUCUAAAUGGCGUCGGAUACGAGUGAUGUGGAAGAAUUUUACGACGCGGCCGAAGAUGUCAACCUGAGUCCUCCACUCAAUGUUUCACCUGCAAAGUUCAACCUUCCCCAACCACAGGUCUUCGAGAACCUGAUUCAGGAAGAGCCUGCUGCAUCAGAACCUCGCCACGAUGACUCCCUUGAGAUUAUUGACAGUAUUAUAGAGGAGAGUCAUAAAGGUGGCGGGGUGGAUGAGGAGCUGUUGGGAACCGAUGAGAGAUGCUUAGCCUCGACCGCACAAGACAAAAGUUCAGAAGUAGAAUGCCAAAAUGUUUCGGAUGAAAUUCAGAAAUCUUCAGUUCCUGAACCUCCAGCGGUUCCUGAACCUGUUCCUGAUGUCAGACCGCAGGACGAGAGGUCACAGAACCUGCAGGAAGCGGCUCCCGACGUCGCCGGUGGAGCUCGGGCAUCACAGGGUCAAAGUCAGCCUCCUCCUCCUCCAGACAUCACGAGCACUCUGGGACAGUCUCAGUCUGCUGCCUGCGCCGCAGAGGGCGCCGAGUCUACCAAAACGGCCGACAUCCUGGAUCAGGUUCCCCUCGAGGACAAAUUAGAAUCGGACUCGUCCGGGCCUUCGAAGCCUCCCAGACAGUUCACGGUGGAGCCGGAUAUCGUAGCCAGCACGAAGAAGACCCCUCCCUCGAGACCGCCGCCUCCUGGCGGAGCGCCGCCUCCCAGGCCGCCGCCUCCAGCCCGCCCCUCGCUCCCGCCCAGUAAAAAGUCUCAGGAUUCGAUUCGGCCAACAAAGCUCGAGGUCUCCGCAGAGCCGGCCGAGGACUUGUGCGGGUUGGUCAGUCCGAACUCCACCGGGAGAACCCUCGCUAGAGAGCUGCAGCAUUCUCUGGACCUCGCUAGUGCCACCAGUGGGGAUAAAGUGGUAACUGCACAGGAAACCGACGAGCGGGAACCCAGUCCUACUGGUAGUGAAAGUCACGGUCCCCAGAGACCACGCUCUAACUCGGGCAGAGAGCUCACCGAUGAGGAGAUUCUGGCGAGCGUGAUGAUCAAGAACCUGGACACUGGGGAGGAAAUCCCACUGAACCAGGCUGAGGAGAAGCUCCCGACGGGAAUCAACCCACUAACACUGCACAUCAUGAGAAGGACCAAGGAGUACAUUACAAACGAUGCUGCUCAGUCUGAUGACGACGACAAGAAUCAGGCUCAGCUGAGCGACACAGACGGCGGGAAACUCAAACAGAAAACCACCCAGCUGAAGAAGCUCCUGGGGAAGUCGAUGAAGCGGGCGAAGCACCUGGCCGAGGAGUACGGCGAGAAGGCGGUGAACAAGGUGAAGAGCGUGCGGGACGAGGUCUUCCACUCGGAGCAGGACGAGCCGUCCUCCAGCGACGACGAGGGCAUGCCGUACACGCGGCCGGUCAAGUUCAAAGCGGCUCACGGUUUCAAGGGCCCCUUCGACUUCGAUCAAAUCCGACUGGUGCAGGACCUCAGCGGAGAGCACAUGGGCGCCGUGUGGACGAUGAAGUUCUCUCACUGCGGCCGGCUGCUGGCUACAGCCGGGCAGGAUAACGUGGUCCGAAUCUGGGUGCUGAAGAACGCCUUCGACUACUUUAACAAAAUGAGGAUGAAAUACAACACGGAGGGUCGUGUCUCCCCGUCACCCUCUCAGGAAAGUCUGUGCUCCUCAAAGUCCGACACCGACGCCGGGCCGGCGGCAGCGAUGGACGAUUCGGACACCGAGGACAGAAACGUGCCGUUCCGACAGGUUCCCUUUUGCAAAUAUAAAGGUCACACGGCCGACCUGCUCGACCUCUCCUGGUCCAAGAACUACUUCCUGUUGUCGUCCUCUAUGGAUAAGACGGUUCGCUUGUGGCACAUAUCCAGGCGAGAGUGUCUCUGCUGCUUCCAGCACAUAGACUUCGUCACAGCCAUCGCCUUCCAUCCCAGGGACGACCGGUAUUUCCUGAGCGGCUCUCUGGACGGUAAGCUGCGAUUGUGGAACAUUCCGGAUAAGAAGGUGGCUCUGUGGAACGAGGUGGACGGCCAGACGCGGCUCAUCACAGCCGCCAACUUCUGUCAGAACGGGAAAUACGCCGUCAUCGGGACCUACGACGGACGCUGCAUUUUCUAUGACACUGAGCGCCUUAAGUACCACACGCAGAUCCAUGUCCGCUCCACCAGGGGGAGGAACCGAGUGGGUCGCAAAAUCACCGGCAUCGAGCCUCUGCCUGGAGAGAAUAAGAUCCUGGUCACAUCGAACGACUCGCGCAUUCGGCUGUACGACCUGAGGGAUUUGUCGCUGUCCAUGAAGUACAAAGGCUACGUGAACAGCAGCAGUCAGAUCAAAGCCAGCUUCAGUCACGACUACUCGUUUAUCGUGAGCGGUUCAGAAGACAGGUUCGUGUACAUCUGGAGCACGUACCACGACCUCAGCAAGUUCACCUCAGUACGCAGGGACCGCAAUGACUUCUGGGAAGGAAUUAAAGCCCAUAAUGCCGUGGUGACGUCGGCCAUCUUCGCGCCACACCCGGAUCUGAUCGCCCCACAGGAGGCGGGGUCGGAGAAAUCGGACACCGAGUGUAAGAACGACUCGACGGACGACUCCGAACCCAUCCCAUCGGGAGCUUUGAAGACGGAUCACACCGAGGUUCUGCUCUCGGCCGAUUUCACCGGCGCCAUCAAAGUCUUCGUCAACGUGAAGAAAUACUGAAAGCUUUUAAAAUGAUUUCUGAUGGUUUUAACAAACCGAGACUGUAAAUAUCUCUCGCCGGAGGGCUACAGACCCUCCUACAGGCUGCCCUCGUCUAGCUGCUGGCGAGUACUCUGGAGGAGGAGCGUAGAGGUGAUGAAGCUCUAUCCUCUCUGCAGAGAACAGUGACCCAGCAGGUAGGAGGUUGGACGACUGCCGGGAAGCCGAACGGAGAGACGAUUCCAACACGACGCACUUCUUUCUUUCAUCUGCUCUCUCUUUUCUUGCUGUUCGAACAACUUAGAAAUUAAAUUGGACUUUCAGUGGUCAGCUGGUAUGUAACGAAUCGAGCGGCGAAGCAGAACAGGAUGCCAACGUGUAUUUAAACAGGGAAUUAUUAAAAAACACACAACGUGACCGUAUUCCUCUUGCCAAUGCAAAGUAAAUCCUUCAGUAUUAGGCUGGUAUUAUAUUAUACUACAGUGUGUAAACACACAUAUGGAUGAAGAUAAGACACUAAUGCUUGUUGUGUUUGGUAGAUUUUAUAGAUCGCCAGCUCUAAAAAUUGUUCCAUGCCCGAAAGUGUUCCCAUGGCACAGUCAUUGCAGUAUCUUACAGUGUUAAAGUGUUUGCAGUUGCUUUUUUAAUGUGUUCAGCAUCACAUGUGGUAUUAAGCAGAGUUUACGAGAGCGAGAACAUGCUGGCAUCCUUGACUUGGUCUGUUGUACUGGACCAGGCACCAGUCUUAAGUGAUGGAAGGGUAAGGGCCUUGCCCAAGAACCCAACAGUGAUCAAACUCAUUGAAAAACUCACACUUAGGGGACUGUCGUCAAUCCACCUAUUGGAUUUUUUAAGGGGUAUUAAAAAAACAUUCAACCUAAAGCAAACUCAUUAACUGAGUUGAAUCCUUAAACAAAAACAAAAUCUUUAAACUUAAAUAAUGGAAGAAGCUUGAGCUUGAUUUUCAUGCUGUGUUGUUAUCUGCUGGUAUUCAGUCCAGGUUAAGCCUCAGCUUUAUUUUGUUAAAUACAAGAUGACCACUAAAAUGCCACCAUUCUUAACUAUAAAAUGCUAGCACACAAUUCUAGCUCGUAAUUAAAUCAAUGUGGUGCGAGUCUGCGGCCCUGUGCGUACCCACACACACACACACACACACACACACACACACACACACACACGACGGUUCCUGAUCAGAUUUCUUCAUUUUAUCCUAUUUAAGUUUAAACCACAGAUAUGAUAUCGUCCGGAUCUGAAGCGCUACACAGACGUGCACGUCAGAUCCGGUUUGUCUCAGUGUUGUUGUUGUAUUCUGUAUUCUUGUAAAAUAAUCGGACCAUGUGAUUUGAGAAAUAUAUUUACAGAGGAAUAAAGAAUCAUUGUUUACCCGUGUAA